AGGAACCUCCUCGAGCUGCCCCAAUACAUGGUUUUAGUGCGUACACAAUUUCUGGAAUUGCUGGAGCAGAUCAAGGACAUCUUGCUCGAGCAGGACAAUGAGUCUGUGCUGCAAAUGGGCGCCAAAACACUGGAGCAUCUUUAUGGAUUAAAUGAUAGCCAUGAGGACCAUCGCAAGGAACUGCUUAACAAAGUGGUGAGCAACUACAAGAGUGCUAUUAAUGUCUGGAAUCAGUCAAAGGAUAAUACUGGACGUAUGCUGGUCACACUGCGUCUGCUCUCUGCGAUUUAUGCACGCUUCGAUCUCCACGAUUGGCAACUGAGUGAUCACUUGCUCUUCAACCUCAAGCAGGCGACUAGAAAGAAGCCUGAGAGUACGGGGAAGUGUCUUCCCGACGAGGCAGUCGAUCUCUAUUUGUCCAUAUUCUAUGUGGCACUUUCCUGGGAUCUAAAGAGAGUGCAAGACUUGGCCAAAGCUGGCAAAGAUGUGGCUGAAGACUGUCAUUCAUUACGUAAUCGUUUGAGGGAUUUCUUUGCUGUGAACUUUACUCUCAUCCAGACAUCGACGGAUUCCAAUGUUGCCUGCAAUGCUUUUGUCUACACCUGUGAUCUGUUUGUGCUAUUUUCGGAUCCUUUGCGGAAGAGCAGCAGUUCAUCCAUCCAGGCCUUGGAGUACAAAUCCAAACAGCAGGACUAUGAGCUGCUGGAGAAAUAUCUGCAGCGUUAUGUUUUUGCCGGAUCAGCUGAAGGAGCUGCCCUCCAGUUGCUCGAGCCGCAACAGUUUUCCAUGCUGCAGAGCAAGCGACGUGUCCUGGUCAGUUACCUCAAGCUAAUUUUCCACAACGUUAUGCCCAUGAUGAGAGCUUGCGUUGCCUAUCAGUAUUACGAGCAGUAUCAUCCAGUUUUCGGUGACAUUAUGCGUUCCACCAUGGAGCACAGCUUGGCCAUGAAUCCCACAAACUUUGGCAUGACCGUGAUGCACACCUGUCUCUUGGUCUACAAGAGAAUCAGGGUGACCUACGCGGAUUCCUUUCAAGCGGCAGCAUCAACCGAAUUCGCCAAGCUGCUGAAACUGGCGAAUCUUCUGGCGGAGCUGUUUCACAUCAAGCAACUGGAGGUGCGUCAGGGUAUCCUCAUAUUGCAUCGAGCCGGGAUUAGGUUUGCCGUAGAAAUGACUCUCGAUGAUCCUUCGGCUGCACCCAAGGAUCUCUUGUAUCUGAAUGUCAUUCAACAGUUUGUGCCACAACUACUCGCCCAGGAUAUGCUGGAUGUCUUCAAUUUCCUGAAGUUUAUCGAUCAGACCCGUCGUGCAGAUGAAUGGCAACCCUUAUUCUCCUAUCGAAACUGCCUUGAGAUUGCUAUCAGACAGAGUUGUCGUCGCGAGGAUCUUAAUGAUAUAUUCAACUACACGGCACAAUGAAAACUAUCGGUGCAAUUCUUCUGCUGUGGAAUUCGCUUAUUGCGAUUUCUAAAACAUUUUUAAUCAACUAUUUGCAAUAUUUUUAGAGGAUUUAUUCAUUACAAUAAUUUUUUUAAAAUUAUUU